ACGGAGCAUUUAGUGGGCGAAACUAGCCUUGCAACUCUAAAUAUGUACUGUGAGCCUUUGAAUAAAGCUUGCUGUGGUGUCUGAGCGCUUAUCUUGGUUGAUUUUAGCUUUGUUAACGUACUUUAUAGACUGUCAUCACUGCUGUUAGCUCUUAAGCCGUUAGCUUGUACGGUUUUUACAGCAGUGAGGACUGUGUGAGCGGAGUGUAAACAAAAUGACAUCCAAACCCACAUGCCUUAUAGUGGCCAGUGCAACGGCUCAAGGGGUGUCGGCCCGGUCCUUCCAGCAGUGUUUCUCCCUCUGUAGUCCUGUGUUUAACCUGCAGACAGCUACACCAGGGGGGAAAACCAUUGACUUCGUUGGUGUUGAUGAAAGCUCAGCUCGAUGGGUUCAAGAUUUCAGCGUUAAACCAUACGCCACUCCUGCCAAACUGGAGUCUAUUGAUGGUGCCCGCUACCAGGCUCUCCUGAUCCCAGACUGCCCAGGAGCUUUGAAGGACCUUGCUCACAGUGGCUCACUGGCUCGCAUCCUUACACACUUCAUCUCUCAGAAGAAGCCUGUGUGCGCUGUAGGACAGGGAGUUUCUGCACUUUGCUGUGCCACAGAGGGACAGAAAUGGAUAUUCAGUGGAUACAGCCUGACUGGACCUUCUGUGUUUGAGCUGGUGCGCUCCCCAGAUUUUGCCAACCUUCCUUUGAUUGUGGAGGACUUUGUGAAAGACAAUGGUGGAUCUUACACAGCCAGUCAAGAGGAUGCACUGCAUGUGGUCCUGGACCGCCACCUAGUGACUGGUCAGAAUGUUCAGUCUACCACAGCUGCAGUUAACAACCUGAUCCUGCUGUUUAACAGCAGGUAAAAUCCCUUGCUUUUUCAGGUGGAAAGCAGUGUUGACCAAUCCUUUUAAUAUUCCUGCUGUUGAAAGAAAUUUGUCUUUUUAUACACACACACAAUCUUAUCUACUUAAAGAUGCUGGAGACAUCCCAAAGAACUUUUGUGUAGUUCCGAAUUUGCAAACUUAAAUUUGCCUGAGAAAUAACCUUAAAGCAAUGCAGUGUUAGAUUUGGCUUGGUGGUGUCCAGUAUGAAGCAGUAUAAAUUACAGUAUGCAUUUAUUAUCUAACCACUUUUGUUUAAAUAUUGCAAUAAUUCACCAGUAUCGUAUACAGCAUAUGUGUGAUAGUGGUGAAUUAUCAGUCCUUUGGCCCCAAAAUAUGAUGAUUGGAGGUAAUGUAUACAUUUGCUUCUAGUAUGAAAUAACUCCAUCCUGUAAAACAGUGGCAAAAGUAUAAAUAAUUCUCUUUCCAUUAAAUAACCUCAGUUUUGGUAAAAGUGUUGCUGCAUAGUGAAGAAUGUCUGUUCCAUGAAAGAUCCUAUCGCCAUAUUUCUGCAAAAAUCACUGAUAGUGUUGAUGUGAAUAGAUGAAGACUGCUACUUCAUAUGAUGUCUAAUAUUCUGAGCCCAAAACUUGAUUGUGUCCUGCCUUUAGUUGAAAGGAUGACAAAGAUGUGGUUGCUACACUUGCACCAAUGACAGUAUUGUACAUAUCCCUGUAAUUAAAGAAUGUUAAUAAAGCA